AUGACUGAAAAUGUGGCUCUCCUACGGACGACAACAGAACCGGUGCCGCGUAAAAAAAAUCUAAGUGAAAAGAAUAUAAAGAAAAGCCCUUAUGACACAGCGAUUAAAGUGAAAAGUGCUAUUCCUAGAAAACGACAAGACUUGUUAAAAUGGUACGGUUGGGGCUACAAAGACUCCAUGUUCAAACUGAAGGACCAAGUCGCUACUUUCACCGGGACCAGAUAUUUAAUAGGCGGAAAGUCGUUACCGCACUUCGUGCAAUGGGUGCGAGAAAAAUUCGACGUGGACAUCUCGAAACCUCCAAAGAUUCCUCCAACGCCCACAGUGUAUCCGGAGAGUCGGUUACCGAAAGAAGUUCGCGAGGAAUUAGAAAAGGUCACUCUUGUUAGUGUCGAUGGAAUGGAUCGGUUGAUACGUGCGCAUGGGCAGACUCUGAACGACAUGACGCAUUUGCGGAACAACUCAUUCCAGAGGGUACCUGACGCUGUUAUAUGGCCGGAGAGUCAUGAACAGGUCCAACAAAUCGUGAAUUGCGCCACAAAGUACAAAUUCGUGCUUAUACCUUUUGGUGGUGGGACGUCUGUGUCUGGCUCUAUCACUUGUCCAGCUCAUGAAACACGACCUAUAGUCGCUUUGGACACGAGUGAUAUGAACUCUAUAUUGUGGCUAGAUAGAGAACAGCUGUUGGCUAGGGUUCAGGCCGGGAUAGUGGGCCAGGAUCUGGAACGUGAAAUGCGCGCAAGAGGAUUUACAGUCGGUCACGAACCUGACUCUUACGAGUUCUCAACUCUGGGAGGCUGGGUGGCGACUAGAGCAUCUGGUAUGAAGAAAAACACAUAUGGAAAUAUUGAGGAUCUUAUAGUUCAAACUAAGGUGGUAACACCAAAAGGGGUGAUAGAGAAAAGUUGUUGCGUUCCGCGUAUGUCAUGCGGACCUGACUGGGAACACAUCGUAAUGGGCUCCGAAGGAUGCCUCGGCGUGGUGACGGAGGUUACAUUAAAGAUUCGUCCUCUCCCGUCGAUAGUCCGCUAUGGGUCAUUGGUGUUCCCGGAUUGGGAGAGCGGAUUCCACUUCGAGAGAGAAGUAGCCAGGCAGAGGCUUCAGCCAUCAAGUAUACGACUUAUGGACAAUGAACAAUUCAGAUUCGGACAUGCCCUCAAAAUGGAAACGUCCUGGGGCGGUGUGCUCCUCGACGGUCUAAAGAAGCUGUACAUUACAAAAAUCAAGGGUUUCGAUCCGUUAAAAUUGUGCGUAGUCACACUGUUGAUGGAAGGGAAUCUGGAACAAGUGACGGAAAGGGAAACUCAACUGAACAACAUCGCAGCGAGGUUUGGGGGUAUUCCUGGUGGCGCGAAGAAUGGCGAAAUCGGAUAUACUCUUACUUUUGUCAUAGCUUACAUUAGAGAUUUGGCUCUAGAGUACAAUAUUGUGGCUGAAUCAUUCGAGACGUCCGUGCCCUGGGAGAGAACGCUAACAUUAUGUAGAAACACAAAACGGCGCGUUAUUACCGAAUGCCGUAAGAGGAACGUAACACACUACCUUAUAUCAUGCCGACUCACUCAAACGUACGACGCCGGAUGUUGUAUAUACUUCUACUUCGGGUUCAAUAGCGCGGGAUGCGCAGACGCAUUGCGGACCUACGAGGAGAUAGAAGAGGCCGCUAGAGACGAGAUAAUCGCGUGUGGAGGUUCCAUAUCACACCACCAUGGUGUUGGCAAACUUCGAAAGAAAUGGUACACACAAACCGUCAGCGAAACUGGUCGACGGCUGCUGUUUGCUGCUAAGCAAGCUUUAGACCCAGACAAUAUAUUUGCAUUAGCCAAUAUGGAGCUUGACCGAGGUCUCGUCAGCAAGUUGUAG